GGAAAAGAGAUCUGAAAAGCUGCACUAAGAAUGUUUGAGGCAGAGGAAAGAGAAAGGACUCUUCAGGAAAAGGUUUGGGAUUCUUCAGGCCUAGGAAAGAAAGGACGGAAGGUGUAGCAGCUCAAGACAUUGAGGAGGUGAACCAACUCAUGUCCUUGGGACCCCAGGGCUGCCCCCAGAUGGUGACGGCUUCCCUCCUCAGCCACAGGGCAGGAUUUCCCCUGUUUCGGCCAGUUGUGACAGGACUUCGUUUUUCAAUCUGCAAAGAGUUCUUAAACAGGAGUGUGUUCUGCACAAGGGAGUCCAACCCUCACUGCGGCACGGAUGGCAUGACGUACGGCAACAAGUGUGCCUUCUGCAAGGCCGUGCUGAGGAGCGGAGGGAAGAUUCGAUUGAAGCACAUGGGGAAGUGCUGAGUCUGAGCACCAAGCACCGAUCCUCGUCCGUCACAGGCGCAGGAGCCUGGGCACAGCAGCAGCUGUCCUUGUCGCUGCCAUUCUGCUCAAUAAAAUAAAACUCAGCACACCUUUUUGGCUGGAUUCCUUUUUCCAUAACACCCAGAUAAGCUUUUCAUGCAGCUGUGCUAGCAACUGAAAUGUUUACUGCAUUGUGCUGUUAUAUCAUCAUCUUAGAGUCAUAGAAUCAUAGAAUUCCUAUCAGGAGGCACCAUGCUGCCUGAGCAGGAGCAAUGAUUCCCACAGCUCUGCCCUACCUGCCACUGCCACAGCUCUUCCAUGCUAUGCCAUGCCAUUCCAUCCCAUCCUACAGACAAAUGGCCGCCUUGCUCGACGGUCCCAUGGGUGGAUGACAGCAUGCAACUUUGCCUCUCAGUGGCCACCCCAGAUGUGUCCCACUCACUGAGGUGUGAGCAUGAAGGUGGCAGAGAGCUAUGAGUGGUGUGGCUGUGGAUGCCUCAUCUGCUUGGGAAGCCAGAAGCAGACAGGAUGAGGCUGAGGAGUGUUGCUGCAUUUAAGCCUGCACCAGGAAGGUGGCAGGGGAGGCUGGCUUUAGGCAGAAACACAAAGGCUUCACUUUCCUUGUUUGUCCUAAAAGAGCACUUUGCCUCAAAGACUGUAAACUCACCAGCAUUAGUUUGCAGCUGCACACAAACUUGAUUUCUUUCUUUAGUUUUCACACUGCUGCUCUCUCUCUCCUUGAUGCUGGCUGGAAAAUCCUUCUUUCUGCCAACCAGAGAAA